UUUUUUUGUUUCGGUUAUCAUAUAUCGCUCAAACAGUAAAAAAGUCUCAUGAUUCCAAAAAAAUUAAAUUAAUUUUCACAAAAAUCGUUUGAAUAAUUAAUUAAUUGAAUAAAAAAAUUAAAAAAAUAAAAUGAACAUUAUCAGAACUGUAAGAAAUAACUGGAAAAAGUCUUUAUUCGCUACGGCGAUCGGCGCCUGGGGCCUGAAAUACGCUGAUCAAAGAUGGAGGGAUUGGAAUCUAAUGAAGAUGUACUGCACAGAAGCAAAAAAAUAUGGAGACUUGAUGUUGAAGAGUACAAACAGGCCAAAAAGGGUUGUGGUCAUUCUAAAUCCAGCUGCCAACAAAGGAAAAGGCAGAGCCUUGUAUGAAAGAAAUGUGGCUCCUAUAUUAAAUCUUGCUGGCAUGGAAGUGGCCUUACACGUUACUCAGUCGGAAGGCCAGGCGAAGAGAAUAAUGAUGGAGACCGUCGAGAAAGCAGACGCCAUUAUUGUGGCCGGGGGCGAUGGAACCCUGUCAGAAGUUGUUACCGGGAUUAUGAAAAGGGCUGAUGAGCCCACAUUCUCAAGCAUUCCUAUAUGCAUUGUACCACUUGGUCAGACUAACACUCUGGCGAGGACAUUAUAUCUGCCAUCAGUGCAUAAUACUGUUCAGUUCAUAGCGGAGAUGACCCUGUCCAGUGUCAGCGGUGGCCUCAAGCAUGUUGACGCCCUCAAUGUCAAGGGCGGGGAUGACAAAUCAGUCUAUGCAGUCUCUAAUGUGUCUCUUGGCUUAUUUUCUGAUUCUGAAAUCAGGAAAAAAAGGAAUUGGUACUUUGGACCCCUCAAAGAUAGACUCUGUUACGUCAUAACGGCCGUGCGACAUUGGAAAAAUGAACUUAAGUUCUCAAACAUCAUUUUUCACUACACAGUUCCGUGUCAGGGCUGUAACAGGUGCAAAGAACUACCUAAAAAGAUCGAAUAUCGGUGGUGGAAUAUAUUUAUUAGGCCCCAGCAUAAAGUUCUAGAAAAGGAUUAUACGGACGUCGUCAAUGAACAAUGUGGCGUUGUUAAGGACACCAACGUUAACUUCUGCCAUUUAGAUGCAUUUGCUAACCGUAAAGCAAAUUCCCUUGACGUGAAACUGACAUCCAAUGACAUUACAAAAAGCGAUUUCAUCAAAAAAGGAUGGAAAAGGAUAUCUAAAAAUCCAGAGGAUACAAAUGAUACUGCGACGAUCAGCAACAACGACGACGGUAACAGGAAUGAUAUAUAUCUCAAAAAAGAUGGAAACGAUACAGAUGAUGAUAAAGACAUACAUCUUAAUGUAGCAAGCUUAACCAUGAACUUACCGAAUGAUAUAGCAGACAGAAAGUUCAUAAUAGACAGCGAACAGUUUGAACUGAUGACACCACUAACACUACAGAUACUGCCUAAUAAAUUUAAAUUUUAUUACGCCAGAGGAAAUCACGUGAUAGCUCCGGAGAGUAAAAUUUUCAAAAUGCCGAAAUUUAGGAACGCUUAGUCAGUUUAGCAAUCGAUAGGUAAUUGAGUAAUUAUUCGAGUAAUUAAGUAAUUGACACGUGAGUGAACUUUUUAAAUUCAUUAAUAUAUCCUAUAUGCCAAUGUCCUGAAAGGAUAAGGCACGAGAAAGAAUGAAGAAAUAUACCCUAUCUCUUAUAGCCAUCAUCCAUAGUAUUAUAUCUUUUUAUCUCGCUGAUUUAUCUAUCCUUAGACUAUCAUUAUUUUUAUCAUCCUCGUCAUUCUUAGUCAGCCGUAAUCACCAUUCACCGAUAUUAUUUUCAGUAAUCUUAUUCAAUUGUUUAAGAUUUAAUAAACAGAUGGCUAUAAACUUUCAUAAGGAAAAAACUGUCUUAUACAUGGAUAUAUUAUAUAUAUAUUAUAUAUAUAUCUAUAUCCAUGGUCUUAUACGGCUAUAUAUAUAAAUGUUAUUAUCUUCUAACCUGCAACUGUUUCAAAUAGUUCAUUUAUAUGUAUAUAUAUAUUCUAACAGUCUUAACCCAAUAUAUAUAUAUAAUUAUAUAAUAUGUAAUGUAUGUAAGCGAAUCUUUUAAUUGGAAAGUUCUCAACAUGAUUAUUGGCAACCAAAAAAAAAGAAUAUAAAACGUACAAAUGGAAGUAAACUUCAAUUCAAUGAAAAAUGAUCUCAACCAGAAAUGGCUCUUGAAAACGUCAAAGGAAUAAUAAAGAAUAAUAAAUAAUUCCAUACGUAUUUAAUAAUAAAUUAUUACAUACACAAAGAAUAAUUAAACGAACGCUCCUUUCUCAAUAUUCCUAAUACCUCACCCGUGUAAAAUACUAUACCUUUCUUAAUGGUUACUAACUGAUAUUACCACUACUGUAAUUCUAGUGCAGUUAUUAACGAUUCAGUUACUAUACCUUUCUUAAUGGUUACUAGCGUAAUACUCAUCCUAGAAUACUUAAUACUACUACUACUGCUACUGCUGCUGCUGCUAAAAACGCUAUUACUAAUUUGUGGUAUGAUGUUAAAUACGUAUAGAACGACUCAUUCAACAACAAAUACUGCUGUUCAGUAGUAAUUAUCAUUGAUACGUAUUUUAAUAAUAUAUUCAACUAUACUAGCACUGCUACUUAUUUAGUGCUUUACUUUGUAGUUAGAAUUAAAACUGGCAAACUUUAUUUUGCUGUUAUUGUUACUACUACUAGAACUGCUGCUACUACUACCA